AUGGUGAUCCAAAGUGUGGCGGUGACUCCGAAGGUGGACCUACACGUAACGAGAUGACCCGAAGCUGCUCCACAGUAGGCUGCAGCACCCGUGACACAGGGCAGAGCCGCGAGCACGGCCUCUCCUUCCACCAAUUUCCAACUGAUACAGUACAACGCUCAAAAUGGAUCAGGGCUGUCAAUCGUGUGGACCCCAGAAGCAAAAAGAUUUGGAUCCCAGGACCAGGUGCUAUACUGUGUUCUAAACAUUUUCAAGAAAGUGACUUUGAGUCAUAUGGUGUAAGAAGAAAGCUGAAAAAAGGAACUGUGCCUUCACUUUCUCUAUGCAAGGUUCCUCAAGGUGUACGUCUUACAGGUAAAGCAAGUCAGAAAAUCCCAAAAUGGCCACUUCUAGAUGAUUCUGAAGAGGGUGCUACUGAAGACCAUAACUAUAGUUUAAGAGAUCCCUGGACAGAAGGUACAGAGAGACUGACAGAGGUGCAACAAAUGUUAGAAGUGUCCAAAAAAAACAUGGCCUCUGUAAAAAACUAUAGGAUGAUCAAGAGGAGGAAAGGCUUGCAAUUAAUUGAUGCCCUUGUAGAAGAAAAACUGCUUUCUGAAGAAACAGAGUUGCUGCUACGAGCACAAUUUUCAGAUUUUAAGUGGGAUUUGUGUAAUUGGAGCGAAACAGCCGAGUACUCCAUGGAAAUGAAGCAGUUUGCGUGUGCGCUGUACUUGUGUAGCAGCCAAGUCUAUGCCUACGUGCGAAAGCUCCUUAAGCUGCCGCAUCCUUCCAUCCUCAGAACUUGGCUGUCCAAAUGCAAACCCAGUCCAGGCUUCAACAGCAACAUUUUCUCUUUUCUCCAACAAAGAGUAGAGAGUGGAGACCAGCGGUAUCAGUAUUGCUCAUUGAUAAUAAAAAGCAUACCUCUCAAACAGAAAUCCCAGUGGGAUAGCAGCAGCCACAGCUUGCAAGGAUUUAUGGACUUUGGUCUUGGGAAACUUGACGCCAGUGAAAUGCCACUUGCCACAGAAGCUGUUUUGUUAAUGGGAGUAGGUAUUUUUGGUCAUUGGAGAAUGCCCCUUGGUUACUUUUUUGUAAACAGAGCAUCUGGAUACUUGCAAGCUCAACUGCUUCGUCUCGCUAUCGGCAGACUGAGUGACAUUGGGGUCACUGUCCUGGCUGUUACAUCUGAUGCUACAGCUCACAGCGUCCAAAUGGCAAAAGCCUUGGGGAUACAUAUGGACGGAGACAACAUCAAGUGCACUUUCCAACAUCCUUCAUCUUCUAGCCAACAGAUUGCAUACUUCUUUGAUUCUUGCCAUUUGCUGGAGUUAAUAAGAAAUGCAUUUCAGAGUUUUCAAAGCAUUCAGUUCGUAAAUGACACAGCACAUUGGCAGCACCUUGUAGAGUUGGUAGUCCUUGGUGAACAGGAAUUAUCAAGUAUGGAAGGAAUCCCAAGUAAACUUGCAAAUUUCAAAAAUCAUGUACUGAAAAUGAAUUGUGCUGCUCAACUCUUUAGUGAGAGUGUAGCCAAAGCGUUAGAAUAUUUGCUGUCAUUAGGUCUGCCUCCUUUUCAAAACUGUAUUGGUACUAUUCAUUUUUUACGCUUAAGUAGCAAUCUGUUUGACAUUUUUAAUAGUAGGAACUGUUAUGGAAAGGGAUUUAAAAGACCUCUAUUACCUGAAACUUUUAGUGAAAUAAAUCAUGUAUUAAUUGAAAAAAAAAGGAUUAGAAUUAGCAUUACAUUUAGGGUUUGA